CUCUUUGUUUAACACAGCAGAGCGAUUCUGGUUUCUGGUGCAGCCGUGCAGCCGAAGUGCCAAAGCCGAAGCCGAAAGUACAGACUAGACUACAGAUGAGAACGUCGAACCUCGACGUGAAGUCAGUCCAGUCCAGUCAGUGUUUGCCCACUCACUUCAAUGGUUAUUUAGUAAAUUGUAAAAUGGCAAUAAACUAAAAAGUAUUAAGCUUGUGUUGAAGUAAACGUGUAGUGAUAUUUUGUUUAAGUUUAGUGAUAAUAAAUUUGCAGUAUCAAUAAGAAAAUGCCAAUCUCGUCUUGAGUGCCUUUCUCUCUUUGAAAACAUUUAAGUUAUAGGAGUCCUACUUUUUUCUACUUCCGUGUUUUUGGUUAGCAGAUCAAUCACUGUUAACUGUCGAACGUCGAAGAGGACACAGCCAGCCACUUGGCUCAAUUGCACUGCCAAACGAUGUGUUAAAAAGCGGAAGUGCUACAAAUGUGAAUAACAGGCCAACUCGUAUGUCCUUCAACUUUAUUACAGUUCGAAACCUGUAAAAAUAGAUAUACUGAACCAAAUCAUGGCAGAAGCGCACUCGGCCGUUGCAUUCUCGUUCGCCAUCACUCACGAAGGCUGGGAUGUCAACUUCGACAGAGAAGUGCUCCACUUGAUCUGGGCAUCUGGCGUCAGGUCGUGGAAGAAACGUAUGGCUAGGUUCAAAAAUAAUGUAAAGAAUGGUGUCUACCCGGCGCCACUGCAAAGUUUGUGGGCGACGUUUGCCGUAGUUGCCGGCUGUCAUUUCGCUGGCAUCAUUCUGCCGCCCGGCUGGGUUGAGUUUUUCUACAGCUUGCUACCUGAGAGGACAACAGUUUAUGAAUUGGUGGCUUGUUUAUGUGUAUCAGUACUUAUAUGGCUAGUAAUUAUUUAUUCAUUGCGAUAUGCUCUGAAACUUCUACUAAUGUACAAAGGAUGGAUGUAUGAAUCACGCGGUCAAAAUCGCUCAGUUUCGUUACAAACGAAGUUAUGGCUCGUGGGAGUGAAGUUGUUCUCCGGUGCCAGCAAGCCAAUGCUCUACAGCUUCCAAGGAUCGUUACCAAGGCUUCCACUACCCACAGUUGAGGACACUAUGUCAAGGUACCUGAGAAGUGUGCGGCCUCUUUUGGACGAUGUGCAAUAUGCGAGAAUGGAGAGAUUAGUUCAAGAGUUCCAGAAUGGAAUCGCAGUCAAACUGCAACGUUAUCUCAAAUUAAAAUCAUGGUGGUCUACGAACUACGUGUCGGACUGGUGGGAAGAGUACGUCUACCUGCGAGGUCGGUCGCCUCUAAUCGUCAACUCUAACUUCUACGGCAUCGAUGCCAUCUUGAUGCACCCGACCCACAUCCAGGCAGCCAGGGCCGCCUGCAUCAUCCACACCGCCCUCCAGUACAGGAGGCUCAUUGAACGUCAGGAAUUGGAACCGAUUCUGGUCCAAGGUCUGGUUCCUCUUUGUUCAUGGCAAUACGAGAGAGUAUUCAACACAACACGAGUGCCUGGAGUUGAGACCGACAAGAUAACUCACUGCACCGACUCCAACCACAUCGUUGUCUACCACAAAGGACGGUACUACAAGGUCAUCAUCUAUCACAAGAACAGACUUCUCACACCCAGUGAACUCGAAAUACAAAUGGAUUACAUUCUUGCUGACAAAUCGGUGCCGGCUGAAGGCGAGGAAAAGUUGGCAGCACUGACCGCCGGCGAGAGGACGGCCUGGGCCAACACCCGCCUCGAGUACUUCUUCAAGGGCAUCAACCGCCAGAGUCUGGAUGCCAUCGAGAAGUCGGCCUUCGUUGUUGCUCUCGACGAUGUGCCUUACGAGUUCAAUGAGGCUGAUCCGACCAAGUUGGACAAUUAUGGUGCCGUCCUGCUGCAUGGCAAAGGUUACGACAGAUGGUUCGACAAAUCGUUUACUCUGUGUAUUGGCACGAAUGGAAGAAUCGGGUUCAAUGCUGAGCAUUCAUGGGCAGAUGCAGCGGUGAUGUCACACAUGUGGGAGUAUAUCGUCUGCGAUGAUGCAAUGAAAAUGGGGGCCGAUGCUCCUGUCAUGGGCCACUUAUGGGAACAUGUUCUUGCAGCUGACAUGGAAGACGGAUAUGGACCUGAUGGACAUACUAAGGGGACACCCGAGUUCCAGCCACCAACCCCCAUGAGAUUACAGUGGGACUUACCGCCUCCAUGUUUGGCAGCAAUCGAACGCUCCAACGAGGUUGUUCAACAGUUGGUGAAAGAUGUUGAAUUGAGGAUAUAUUUGCACAACGCUUAUGGCAAAGGAUUCAUGAAAGAAUGCCGAGUCAGUCCCGAUGCAUUCAUUCAGAUGGCCUUGCAAUUGGCAUAUCACAGGGACGCCGGUAGGUUCAGUCUAACGUAUGAGGCGUCGAUGACUCGCCUAUACAGAGAGGGGCGCACAGAAACAGUCCGCCCCUGCACCAUUGAGUCGGCUGCCUGGGUCAAGGCCAUGGACAACAGCUCCACAACGACUGAGGAGAGAAUAUCGUUGCUACUGAAAGCGUGCGAGAUGCAUCAACGAGGCUAUCAGGAUGCCAUGUGCGGAAAGGGCAUAGACAGACACCUUUUCUGUUUGUAUGUUGUUUCCAAGUACCUCGAGGUUGAUUCUCCAUUUUUGAAGGAGGUGCUGAGCGAGCCCUGGCGCCUUUCGACGUCACAGACGCCGCACGGCCAGACGUCGCGGCUCGACCUGAAGAAGUUCCCGCGCUGCAUCUCGGCCGGCGGUGGCUUCGGUCCGGUCGCCGACGACGGCUACGGUGUCUCCUACAUCAUUGCCGGCGAGGACCUCAUCUUCUUCCACAUCUCUAGCAAACGAAGCUCUCCCGAAACCGAUUCACACCGAUUCGCACAGCAAAUAGAAAAAGCUUUAUCCGACAUGAGGAACUUAUUUACCGAAUGGAAAAAUCUAAAGAAAAAGUGAGAUAGAAAUUGUUAUAGAGUAAAAUACUUAUAGUAAUGGAUAAGUAUUUAUGUAUAAGUAUUUUAAAAAUGAGUAUUCACACCUGCUGUCGCCAUCCAAAUCUGUUUUCGUGAUUUGGAAUCAGAAAAAUAAAGUCAAAUUCAUCAAUUGAGUUUAAUUAAAAUUCGAUUGUAUAGGUAUUAUCAUAACCUUUAUCAUUUUAAUUUUUUUUUGAAAAAUUUCCAAGCACUUUAUAACUUGAAAAUUCCCACCAUAGAUCUGUGAUUGAAGUAAAUUUAAUGGACCACUCCAUUUUUUUUUUGUAAAAUGCUUCCACAUAUUAAAUAUAAUUAUUACACUUAUCAUCAUACCUCACAAUUGAACUAAAUUAAUAAGAUUUUAUUUAAAUCAAAUUUAUACAUCGAAAUUCUGUUCUAAUCUCUUGAUUGAUUUCUUAAUGUAUCUGUGGCUAGUUUUUAUAUAUUUUUGGGUAUCCUUUGUUGAUUACUCGAUUAUUUUAAAGAUGCAAUUCUCAGUUUAUUUGGUUCAUAUUUUUUUUACUUAUACAUCCAAUGCUCAAGAGUGUAUUAUUCAAGAUCUUUUAUUUUAAAGCUUUUAAAUAUUAAUAUUUCAGUUUAUAAAUGAAUACAAUUUUGCCAUAGUUGAAAAGUUUUGAAUUUUCGUAUAUAAAAAAGAAUAAUGGUAAUUCAUUAUCUAUCUGUUAUAUCUUCUGACGUGUUUAAAAUAAUAUGGUGAUGGAUUGUACUUGUACAACUCAGGUAAAUUUUUAAUAAGUUUUCAGUCUAAUCUUUUUUUGGUUCAACUUCAAAAGCUCUUUUUGAAAAUCCGCAGCUGUGUCCUUCCUACACUCUGGUGUUUUUUCAUCAAUCAAUAAGAAAAAUGCUUGCAAUAAUUUUCUUGAAAUAAUUGAUAGUUGUUAUUAGUUUCUUGAUUUUAUUCUACGAACUGUGAAGAAUCCAUGUUGAGAAUAGAUUAUGAAUAAUUAUGAUAUUAAUGAUAGCAUGCUAUUUGUUGACCAGUAUUUUUCAAUUCCAAUAUUUCAUUAUUAAGUACUGUAUACUAAAUUGUUUCAAUAUAAGAACCAUUACACUUUUUGAAAUUUGUUAAUGCUUGGUAAAUAAUUUUUAUCAAAAUUCCUCUACCCUUUCUUAAAUAUCAUGGUAUUCAGUUUUUAUUCGGAAGUGGCAAUUUUUAUUUUAUCUUGUGCGUUAAAAAUGUUGACCUUUAUACAAUAUUUUCUUGUCAAAUAUCUUCCUGAUAAACAUAUAUAUCUAGAGUGAAUUUUCUCUGAUGUUAAUUUAUUUAUCUUCUCUUAUUGAUUCGUUACAUAAUAUAAAAUUCAAUCAUAACUAUAAUAAUGCUAGUUGUGGUAGAUUGAUCUUUGAUUAUUUGAUAGUUAUUACUGUAUUGCUUUUUCCAGUGUUAUAUAGGUAGGAAAGAUGGUUAAAUAAGCUAUCUUCAAAUGUACACUUUUCAUUUUAGUUUAAACCUCUUAAUGAUUGGUGAGUGAAUAGAUGUGUGAGUUAUGCAGUUGGUAAAUGUGUAAGAUUAUUGUACUUUUAGGUACCUAGAUUGUUCCCAAUUGCGUUCUAUUGUUGGUGCUUUCAAUGCAAAUAACAAUGCAAUCUUGUUAUUUUCUGUUUGCGUUUGGAUAUCAGCUCAUUUUUUAUUUUAUAAUCUUUGUUACUUUAACUCAUAGAUAGUGUAAUGAAUGGAAUAAUACGUAUUUAUCCAGUAAAUUAUGAUUAAAUUAAUAAAAUGAAAAAAUCAAUGCAAUUUUUUAGUGGUGAAUAAUAUAACUCUGGUUCAGAGAAUUAUAUCGAACGAAGUAAAACGUGUUCUAUGAAAAAAUAGGUUAAUUAAGCAAUUAGUUGCAAAGAUUUAUGUUUUUUCAAGUUUGAACAGAGAUAGUUUGUUCCAAGCUUGAAUAGUUUUUAUCAUUAUGGAGAUUAUAUAAAUAUUGAAUUUAUAUGAAAUAAAUGUUUGUUUUUGUC